GCCCAAACGAAAGCCGCUAAAACUCUUGGCGGCCUCUGCUUGAAAACGUCAGACAAACAGACGAUUUCCAUGUACCCGCGUUGCACAAACCCCGGCAAAAACCUCUGUAGUUUGACUCGAAGUCAAGACCCCGAGCUCUUCUUUCUCGUGCUGAAAGGGGGGAAACCAGUAGAACCCUAGAAAUGGCGGUAAUCGGCAUUCCCCAAACGCAAAUCCACAGACUCUCGCAGUCCAAAUACGUGGACUCAAUCCGAUGGCUUCCUUCCGUCUCCCCGCUCCAGCAAUCCGCCAUCGUGGCCUUCUUCGACACCGACGCCGACUCUCCUUCUCUGGAAGUCCACUCCCUGGACCAAGAAUCGAAGACGCUCGAUCUCAUCUCAUCGUGGGUUCCUCCCUCCCGCAUUUCCUCGCUGAAAUGUACUCAAGCAUUCGCCGUCGCUUCCACCAUCUCCGGCUCGCUCCACGUCUUCAGCGCCACCGAAGCGCAGGACCCCUCGUCGGCGUUUCGGUCGGUGGUGGCCGCAGAUGGGAAAGGGUUCCACGUUGGGCGGAUCGCCGGGGUGGAUUUGAUGGACGGCGGGAGCAACGAGUGCGUCAGCGUCGGGGAGGACGGGAGGGUGAAUUUGGUUAGGGUUUUGGAUGGGAGUUACAGGAAGGUUUUCGACGGGAAUGGUUUGGUUUCGUAUACGGCGGUGAAGUGGGCUUCGCCGACGGAGUUUGUGACCGGCGGGUGUGGGUUUGGGCUGCAGUGGUGGGACCUCCGGCGGCCUGGCUCUGCUGUUGCUCAAUUCAAAGGGAACUUGGAGAAGGGAAGAACUUCUGGGAUCAUACAUUCUAUUGAUGUUCAUCCGUCGAGAAAGCACACCUGUCUGGCUGGAGGUUCUGCUGGAACUGUAUUUGCUUGGGACUUAAGAUAUCAACAUCAACCUAUUAUCCUCUCAGGAACCAGCAAUGAUACCGCGGCUCAGCCAUUAUCUGAGAGUGAGGUUUGGGAGGUUCAGUAUGACUCAUAUACAAAGUCUUCAAUGAACAAUUUCUCAUCCUCGAAACUCCUGCCUGCCAUGUUCUGCUCUGAAGAUGGAAUCCUUGGAGUCAUUGACCAAGGUGAGGAACCUACCGAGCUUCUUGCGGAACCUUGUGCCAUCAAUAGCUUUGACAUCGAUCGACAAAACCCUUCGGAGGUGAUAUGUAGUUUGGAAUGGGAAUCCAUAGCCAUAGUAUCAAGACCUUAACAUAGCAGAUCCAGAAGACUCAAUUUCAGUUGAGACGAUGGUGCUUUAGCCCUCCCUUUGCAAGGAACCUUCUGCAGUUAGCCCGGUGACCGGCAUGGGCUCUCUUCCAGCUGAAGAUUCAUGCUAAGCAUUUCAGUUUCUUCUGUCCAUGAAAUUUUGAGGCUUUCAACACAAAUCCAACCAUUGUUGUAAUGAAGCAGCCCAAGUCAACCCAGUGUAAUUUUGAUUGUUUCUCUUGUGAAAGCAGCAAACUUUUCAUCUAAAUUUCGUAAUUUUGGCAAUCCUAUCGGAUUAGAUUUGGAUGUAAGUUACAAAAGAGGAUGGUCCUCAAUCCUCAUACUCUCUCAUGCCUAAUUGAGUAGUGACAGUACUCAAAUGCAAAAUAUUAAUAGUUUGAGGACUAAAAAGUUUGCCUCAUCCUCUAUCCACAUUUCCCUCCUCACGUCAUCCACUCCCUCUCCCGCAUUCUUCAUUUCCCUCCCCAAUUCUCAAUUCCCAGAAGAAGGAAAACAGAACGCGAGCAGAAAUCCACGGCAAUGGCUUCUCUGACCUUUAUGUCAGUGAAUACAAGGCUUUGCCCAGUCCAAUCCGCUCCACUCCGAGUCUCCUGCAGCUCAACCCGACUCGUCGCGUUCGCCCAGUCCCACAGCUCGCUGAAGCUCAGUUCCACACACAGCAUAUCGGGUUCUCUCUCAGUUCUGACGCCGAAGCCAUGCUCCGUCGCCUCGCUGUCUCAGAGGCUCCAAUCUCUCACCGUUUUCGCCGCGAAAGGGUACAAAAUGAAGACCCAUAAGGCUUCAGCGAAGAGGUUCAGGGUGACGGGAAGAGGAAAGAUUGUGAGGAGGCGAGCUGGGAAGCAGCAUUUGCUGGCGAAGAAGAAUACCAAGAGGAAAUUGCGCCUAUCCAAAAUGGUUAGUUCCCUUGACAAUGUCACUUUUUCUUGCAGUGCUUCUAGUUCAGAAUUUACGGCUUUAGAAAUAGUGUACUGAACGACGGUCAUUAACAAGGAAAUCACCCACUUUCUGAAGCAGUUUCCAGUUAGUUGAAUGUUCACUACUGAUUGUAUUUGCUUGUUGAAUGAUUCCUGGUUGAAACUUGAAGGCUGUUUUGAUAGAAUUACACACUGCUUGAUCAUAUGCAUUUAGUAUAAUCCGUUCACUUCGCUGAAAGAAGGGAGCUUUAGUUAAAAUUGUCUUAACGGCAAGCUGUAAGAAUCUUUCAAACUAGUUUGAAAUGGACUGUAGAUAUUACAAAGCUUUCUGGUUUGAGGUUCAAACAUACGUGUUAAAAAUGUGGCUAGCAGCACUAGAAACCCAAUUAAAGCCAACUCAAGGUACUGAAUUGGAGAGCAUUUUGACUCUCUGUUUGCUGCUCGCAAUCUUGAGAAUCAUAUAUGGAGACUGGAGUUAGUUACCGAGUAAGAGAAAGCAUGGAGCUUUGCUUCCAUCAAUUUUGCUAUGCGCUUGGCUUUUUGGAGUGGAGAAAUAUUGAUAAUGAUAGCCUUAUAUAACUGCUCUAAGCUUCUAUCAGUUCUGUUAUCCACUUCGCUUUUACCUAGUGGAGAAUAUUUGAUUGUGAUACCUACUGCUCUUUGGUUAUGGAUAUGAUCUCUAUCUGCCUGUGCUUCUUCUGGUAAGUCCUGGGAAAGGCGGGAUUCCUUCUUGCUUACGAAGAUAGAACAAUUGAGAGGAUGCUAGAAAAACUUAAAGUACAUAUGAGUCUGUACCACCCAACCUGUUCAUCUCUUUGCACUGUAUCUGGUUCUAGUAUCUCCAGUUGUUAGCUUAAACCAAUUGAUCUGCUUCCAACUUCCUAUCUCAUAAGCCCGAAAUUAACCAGCUAGCCAUAUUCGUAUCUUUUUCUAUUCAAUGCUAAUGCCUAUAUCCACUGUGCUUACUUCCAUUGCUCGCAUAUACAUAUGCUUCACUCUCUCAACCAUCUCUUGCUCUCAUUGUUACUAACAGCACGAAGUCAGCCGGAGCGACUACGACAACGUGAUCGGUGCUCUGCCGUACCUGAAAGUGAACAGACUGGCAAAGUAGAUUUCUCGGCCUCAUUGGCUAGUUAUACCCUCGAGUCCAUUAGCCACUUAUGGCUGCGCUUGCUUACAUUUUAUGUGCACAAGGGUGAGAACUUCCCUUGAUGUACCGUUCUUGUAAUUCUGCUGAACACAUAAUGAUCAGUUUUAGCUGGUUUCUUUUGCUUCUUCCUAUUCAAUGCACACUUGAUGAUUUCUAGGUUGUCUAUUGAUGUCAACAAUUAAAACAAACCCUUUGAUGACUAAUUCUAAAAGCUGACGAACAUGGUACAAGGCAAAAUGGAGCUGUCGCCUGUCGGUCAUGUUCAUGGACUUUAGUGCAGUAGAAGGAUACAAAGACAAAUUCAACACGUUCUCCUUGUGCUUGUCUUUUUUUAAUCAUUUGAAACAACGGCGAGUGAGUCACCA